AUGUUUUUUCUCUAUGCGAUUCCGUUUUAUCUCGUUUCUGCCGUGGCGGUGCUCAACGCCGUGACGUGGCUCUGUAAGGCCCUCUCGCUCCACGAGACCAAACUACAGCACGGCCUCAGCCUCAACCUCGCCCCCGUGCGAUAUCUCAUCAACACCACCUACAAGGUCAACUCGUGGAUCCCGUUCCUGGACAAGCCCGAGACGUUCGUCAAGGAGAUUCGCGUGCACCCAAUCAAAUCAUUUCCCGAGCUGAAGGUCCAGACAUGGAAAGUCACCGAGCACGGACUCGAGUGCGACAGAAUGUACAUGCUGGGCAAGUUCGACGAAGCGCAGCAAAAAUGGGUCAUGGUGUCGCUGAGACAGUACGCGUCGCUGAGCAAGGUCGAGCUGCGUCUGGAGGACGACCUUUUCGUGGUCGGAUACGAAAAUAGGGACUACUUCAGCGUGCCCCGGACGGUCUCCAAAGACUACCUGGAAAAAAUGUCGGGGAGUCCCGAGCCGGCAGAACUGUGGAAGGUCGACUUCGAAGUGGUGGCGCUUGAGAAACUCAACAUCCAGCCGUUUCUGGCCGCUAUCGGGCUGCCAGAACACUACAAGCUGCUGUACGCUCCGUUUGGAAAACUGGUGGUCACCAACUCGCCGAAAAACCUCACCGCACUGCCCAACUACACGCCCGGCUCGCACGAAAAAUACCGCGUCACAAAGUUCCAGGACUACUUCCCGAUCCUGCUCAUUUCCGACGCGGACAUCAAAGACCUCAACGCCCGCCUCGCCAAGGAACACGGCCCUGAGGUGUACACCACCUCGACCAACUUCCGUCCCAACAUUCUCAUCGACGGGCCGAAAAAACCGUACGACACUGACGACUGGUUCCGCUUCACGAUCAGCGGCAAGGAGUGGCUCGUGACGUCGAAGUGCCCGCGCUGCUCGAUCCCCAACAUCGACUUCGAGACAGGCAAGCAGCGUGCCAAACUGCCCGUCUCGCGCACGCUGGCGUCGUUCCGCCGCGUCGAUCUGGGCGGGCCCAGCAUGACCUUCUUCGGCGUCAGCGCCGUGCAGGUCGAGCACGGUUAUAGCAUCAGCGUCGGCGACCGCGUCAGGCUGCUCGAGCGGCGGCUCAACCAGUACGGCGAGCUGGCCUAG